AUGGUCCAGGAAAGCGACAUCAAGCCCUGGCUUCGACCAGCGGCGGGCAGCUACACACUCUACAACGCCAAUGUCGUUGAUGUCGCCGCCGGCACGAUCCUCAAGUCUACGACCGUCAGGAUCUCUCGGGGGAAAAUCGCCUCCAUUACGCCAGCCUCUCCCUCCGACAAGUCCUCGUCGUCAUCCUCGUCUUCAUCCUCAGACACCAUCUUCAUCGACUGCACAGGCCAGUACCUCUCCCCCGGGCUGAUCGACUGCCAUGUCCACCUGAUCGCCGUACCCGGCUUCACCUCGCUCUCGCAAGCCUUUGGCAACCCGGACUCGGUCAGCCUCCUCCGCCAGCCCUACGUCUGCGCCCAGAUGCUCCACCGGGGCUUCACGUCCGUCCGCGACUGCGGCGGCGCCCACCUGGCCAUCAAGGAAGCCAUCGCGGACGGCGUCUUCCCCGGCCCGCGGCUCUUCAUCGCCGGCCACGCGCUCAGCCAGUCGGGUGGCCACGCCGACUACCGGAGCCCGCACGACCACUCGAUGUGCUGCGGCGGCGCGCACACCAUGAUGGGCCGCGUCUGCAACGGCGAGGCCCAGUGCAUGCAGGCCGUCCGCGAGGAGAUCCGCGCCGGGGCCGACUUCAUCAAGAUCAUGGGCAGCGGCGGCGUGUCGAGCCCCACGGACAAGAUCGACCACCUCCAGUUCACGCCCCGCGAGAUCCGGGCCAUGGUCGAGUGCGCGAGCAACGCGGGGACGUACGUCACGGCCCACGCGUACACGGUCGAGGCGAUCCGGCACUGCAUCGACAACGGGUGCCGCGGCAUCGAGCACGGCAACUUCCUCGACCGGGAGACGGCGCUGAUAAUGAAGGAAAAGGGGUGUUUCCUGACGCCCACGCUGAUCACGUAUGAUCAGAUGGCCUCGGAGAAGUGGUCUGGCUACCUGCCACCGGACGGGCAGAGCAAGAACUCUGAGGUUCUGGAUGCUGGGUUGCGGGCACUCAAGAUUGCGUCAGAGGCCGGGGUCACCAUCUGCUACGGCUCAGAUCUGCUCGGACCGCUGGGCGCCGCGCAGACGGGAGAAUUCAGGCUGAGGGCGAAGGUGUUGAGCUCGCUGGAGGUGCUAAGGAGCGCCACAAUCAACGCGGCGAGGCUCAUCAACCAAGAGACGAGCUUGGGGCAGAUCAAGGAGGGCUUCGAGGCGGACAUGUUGUUCCUGGGCGCGGAUCCUCUCGAAGAUGUCACGAUACUGGACAAGCCGGAUGACUACGUCCAUGGUGUCAUGAAAGCGGGCCGGAUCUACAAGAGUCGGUCGGCACGGUUAGUGGAAGAUGCAGAAGUACCAGUCAAGGUCAAGGCGUCGUUGUAG